CAUGGUAUCAGACUUCUUCUACCCCAACAUGGGUGGUGUGGAAAGCCACAUCUAUCAGUUGUCACAGUGUUUGUUGGAGAGAGGACAUAAGGUGAUUAUAGUGACACAUGCAUAUGGGGACAGGAAGGGGAUAAGGUACCUGACAAAUGGUCUGAAGGUGUAUUAUAUCCCUAUAGCUCCAUUUUAUAACCAGUGUGCUGUUCCAACCCUCCUAACAACACUGCCUCUCAUCCGUAAUAUUUGUGUGAGGGAGGAAAUAACAAUCAUUCAUGGACAUUCUGCUUUCUCCACUUUGGCCCAUGAGGCUAUGUUCCAUGCUCAGGCUUUGGACAUACGGGCAGUCUUCACUGACCACUCCCUGUUUGGGUUUGCUGAUGCCAGUUCCAUCCUUACCAAUAAACUCCUGAUGAUCUCACUGUCUGGGGUGAACCAUGCAAUCUGUGUAUCACAUACAAGUAAAGAGAACACAGUAUUAAGGGCCUCUAUUCAUCCAGAAUUGGUUUCUGUGAUACCCAAUGCUGUGGAUGCCACUGCCUUCACUCCUGCUCCAGAGAAUAGGAAAAAGGGUAGAGUCACUGUGGUGGUGAUGAGUAGACUGGUAUACAGAAAGGGCACAGAUCUCCUUGCUGGCAUUAUACCUGACAUUUGCAGCAAAUGUGACAAUGUGGACUUUUUAAUAGGUGGAGAUGGUCCAAAGAGGAUUGUGUUAGAGGAGAUCAGGGAGCAAUUUCAACUCCAUGACAGAGUGACACUCCUGGGUGCCGUGGAGCAUAAUAAAGUCAGAGAGGUAUUGGUACAGGGGGAUAUCUUCCUGAAUACCUCACUCACAGAAGCUUUCUGUAUUGCCAUAGUGGAGGCUGCUUGUUGUGGCAUGCUAGUCAUCAGCACUAAGGUUGGAGGCAUACCAGAAGUCUUACCCAAUGAUCUCAUCCAGUUAGCAGAACCCAGUGUUAAAAGUCUUACCAAAGAACUAGAGGCAGCUAUUGAAAUCUGUAAAAUGGGUAGGUCGGACACCCAAUUUCAUGAAAGACACGAGAGAGUGAAACGGCUUUACACAUGGCAAGACGUGGCCAGGAGGACCGAAACAGUUUAUAACAUGGUGUGUGAGGAACCACGUAGACCUUUACCUGACAAAAUUAUGAGAUAUCAGCAAUGUGGCCCCAUUGCAGGGAAAAUCUUCAUAUUGUUUGCAGCUCUCAACUAUCUCCUUUUGUUUUUGUUAGAAUGGUGGUUGCCAGCCAAGGAUAUGGACAAGGUACCAGAUUGGCCGCAAUCAAAGAACAAACUGUCAUUCUCGAAAAAUAAAAACUCUGCCUUAGAGACUAAUAGAAGAGAUUGCCAAGACCUGGGCAGGUAGCAGGGUUUUGGUGAUUGAUGUUUCAUGAUGUUUGAGAAUAAAUUUAAAUAAUCUUUAAAACAACACCAGUCCGUAAGAAUGAAGUAAGUUUUCUUCAUUCUUAUAACAUAACACAGCUGAUGAAAUUCUUUUUCAACACUGGCCCAUGUACCUGUACUUACAGCAUGCAAAAUGUAAAGUUUGAAAAAGGGAUUAAACGAUAAAAAAUAAAAAUGAAAUCAAGUUGUACACUUUGACUUUAUUUUGAUGUAUCUGUUUCUGUGUAAAUAAAUGGAAUAUAUGAUGAAAUGUCACUGGCUUGUUUUAUGCUCAUGCAGAACGUGCGGAAUCCAAAUCAGUGAAAAAUGGAGUGCAGCCAAGAAAACUUGCAUCAUAAGCCAAAUCCAGGAACUCGUUCUCGUCAAUACCGCCAUUUUGGUUGACAUCAAUUUUGUCAAAGGACAAGCCAAGGUCUGCUGCGGGCACUUGGAAAACAUCGAAAAAAUUCGCCAGU